AUGUCUCCACAAGGUGCUACUGCUUUUCUUCUUACCAAAAUUACCGAUCCUCCUCCAAUCUUAAGCAAUACUAAGAUGGCUGGAAGGGCCAAUGGAGUUGAGGACGAUAUGGCGGCUGAACCUUCUAAUCGUUUUCUAUCUCCUUCUUCUAGCUCUGCUAGGCUUGUUGAUUUGAAGAUUCUAACCAGUUGGCUAGACGAACAAAGUGAGUGGAGCAAAGAUUAUUAUGAGGGAUUGGAUGAGAUAUUCGAUGAUCUUGACUAUGUGAUUCCAGGAACUUUCAUUAACAAGCCUUCCACCGUAUUUUAUUAG